AUGAAUGAUUUUCGAAACACUUUAUCUGACAGUCAACUGGGGGACUUGGGUUUCUCGGGGCAAAAAUUUACAUGGAAUAAUGGUCGUUCGGGGGCGGGGAACACUCUGGAACGGCUUGACAGGGCAGUAGCCAAUCCGGGUUGGUGCAAUCUUUUUGAUGUUAUGGAGGUGCAGGUGCUUCCCUGCUGUUCUUUGGACCACAUCCCACUAUUUGUUUCUUUUUCUAAUUCAACGGAGGUUCUGUGGACAAAGCGGAGACAAUUCUGGAUUGAAGCUGCCUGUGUGAAAAAUGAGCAUCCAAAGACCAUUAUUAAAAAAGAAUGGAUAAAGGUCCCAAAAAGGAAUUUUUGGGAUACAGUAAAUCGGAAGUUAUCAAGAUGCAGGAAGUCCCUCCAAGUUUGGGUUCGAAAAUCAGCUAAAAAGGAGGAGCACAAAAUACAAGGUAAAACGCAGGAGCUACAUUCUCUCCAACAGUUGUCAAAUCCGGAGCUGUGUGUUCAGGAAAGGGAGCUCCAAAAGGAUAUUCAAUCUCUGCUGGAACAGGAAGAUGUAAAGUGGAGGCAAAGGGAGAAAAUCAACUGGCUAAAAGAAGGGGACAGAAACGCUAAAUUCUUCCAUGCAUGUGCAAACCAGAGAAGUAGGGGCAACCACAUAUCCUAG